AUGCAUAUCUAGAGAGAGGUAGGUCUAUGGCUACGUAAUUGGGAGGACAUAUAAAGGCCUAUGCAUAUAAAUCGUGUCAUCCUCGAACGAACAUUCUUUUCUCCAUCCCCACCUAUAUAUCUAUACUGAGCUCACGCUACUUCCCCCUCGCCUAUCAAAACAGCACUGCUAAGAACCAUGAUCAAUCUGGCCCCCGACAACCAUCCACGCCUCAAGCUACGCUUGCACAUCAUCAUCGGCUCUCUCAUCACCCUAAUCUUCAUCCUGAUCAUCGCCCGAGUCGCCGACAAAGGUACCCCGACGACCCGGACCAAUACCUGGGGCAUAGCAGUGUCCCCGCCCAGAUUGGUUCGGUUCUCACAAUGGUCUACACAGUGCGUAAAAGCAGCGGUCUUCCUCGCCUACCAAACCCUCACCACCUACCACGAGCGCUUCAAACGGUGGGCCAGCCCCCGCGCCAACAUGAUCCUGGACAUCAUCGACACGAUCUUCUGGUUCGCCUUGUUUAUUAUCAGCAUCAUGGGCGCGAGUGGAGGGCAUACUACGAGUAGUAAGGCGCUGGGUGGGAUUGUGGCCGUGUUGGCGCUAACAUUGUGGUGA